UUUUUGAAAACAAGAAGAAUAAAUUUGCGUUUAUUUUCUUUCAAUAAAACGGGUGAGUGAUUUAUAUGUACUUUACGACUAUCAAAAGAACAUUUAACCAAUAUUAUCUAAGUUUCAGCGCAUAUAAAUGAAGAAAAAAGAUUAAAAUGCUCAUCAUGGCCUCUAUCAGAGACUAUAAUGUAGUGGAGCAGUUCAACAGCAGACUGGAGGAGAUCAGGACCAAACUGCUGGAUCAGGCCAUGGGAGAGGUGCUCAAUGACACGGCUGCAGAGCUCUGUCAAGAGCACAGGCACUACAUGAAGUCUGUCUUGGAUACUUGCUUUAAGAAAUGCAAGGAGGAUGAAACCAUGUUUGACAUGAUACAUGUUUACAAACAAGAUUUGAAGGAGAAAACAUCUUCACUGAAAAAGAAGAGUGCUGAACAUCUUGAGGUUGUGUCAGAGAUUGAAGACAAGGAGCAUCACAAAGCACUCUUAUUUCAGAGAAUUGAGAAGCUCAAGAAGGAUCAGGCCAGAAACAGGGAAUUGAUUCAGUCACAAAACAAAGCCAACAAAGACAGACUGAAGAAGCUGAACAAAUGUAAAGACGUCUUUCAGAAACACCUCAGUCUUGAGAUCAGAAAAAUCCAAGGUGAGAAGCUGCAGUUUGUCUUCAGGAACAUCAGUCGUAAAGAUCCAGACAUGGUCCAUACGUUCCUCCUCCAGCUUGAUGCAGAGGGCGUUUACCACAUCAUCUCUUGUGACCCUCCACUGGAGAAAAUGGCACAUCUAGAACACAGACUGCAGGAGACCAACAACUUUUCUGCCUUUCUCGCUAAUGUCCGGAGAGAGUUUGUGGCGCUUCACAGUGGUGCAAAGAUGGCCUGACUGAUGAACCGAAGCUAAUGGAUCAUUUCAGAUCCAUUUGAAACGGUCAGAGACCCAGACACCAUAUUUGUAGAUAUCAUUAGCAAGUACAUCAAGCUUUUAUUUACCUUUUACAUAUUUUGUACAUUCAUUUAUUGGCUUGUAAUUUUAACAAUAAACGAGAAACAAUCUUUAAAAA